CUUCUGCUCUGUGAUCAGAUGACCUCCAGUUUCAGCAGAGGAUGGCGGGUCAGCUGGAGAAAGACAAGGAGGGAGGCGGAAGAGAACCUGGGAGCCAGAAAGAAAAGGAUCAGAGCUGGAUUCCUAAAAUCAUCAAGAAAAGAGUCUGCACUACGUAUGUCGAAGACACGUUGAGGCGGGAAGUCCACGACUCGGUGGCCACAGGAGACUACUUUGGAGCAGCGAUUGUUACUCAGUGGGACAGCAGGCAGCACUCGUCUGAAUAUCCCACCGAUGCUUUUGGAGAACUGGAGUUUGCUGGAGCUGGACGCAGACAUAGCCAUUUUCUGCGGCUUUCAUGCGACACACCUCCACAGAUCAUCUAUACUCUAAUGACAGCACACUGGCGCUUGCCCUUACCCAACCUGGUGGUUUCAGUGGUGGGGGGUGAGGGGCAUGAAAAGAUCAAGCCAUGGGUGAGAGACAUCCUGAGAAAAGGGCUGAUACGGGCUGCACAGAACACAGAGACCUGGAUUUUGACGGGAGGUCUGAGAGAGGGAGUCUCCCGCUGCGUAGGAGAGGCUGUGAAAGACCAUGGGGCUGUGGCUUCAGCUGGGUCCCAGAAAAAGGUCAUUGCCAUCGGAGUGGCCCCUUGGGGUCUGGUGUACAACAGGAAGCAGCUUGUCAACGCCCAGGGAAGUUUCCCAGCUCGGUAUUACGUCCAGAACACGACACAUGACACCAACUGUUUGGACAACAGCUGCCAAGCCUUCCUCCUGGUGGAUGAUGGCAGCGUUGGUCAGCGAGGUGGAGAGGCAGCCUUUCAAGCUAAUCUGGAGGACUACAUUUCCCAUCAGCGCACAGGCAUAUGGGGUAGCGGCAGUAUUGAAAUCCCAGUCCUCUGCAUGCUAGUCUCAGGAGAGGCCAGUGUUCUGGAGAGAUUAGACAUGUCUCUGAAGAAGCUGACGCCCUGGCUGGUUCUGGCUGGUUCCGGUCCAGCAGCUGAUUUUAUUAGCGACUUGGUUGACGACCAGUCGGCUGUGAUGCUCAGCCGUACCUCUGCUCCAGCUGAUGAAGAGGCCGUCAGUGCAGACUUCUGCGAAAGAGUCCGUGAGAAAGUCUGCAAACACUUCCCAGAUGAGGCCGAGCCAGAAAAACUGGUCAACAGUGCUCUAAGUAUUUAUCAGAGGAGAGACCUCAUCACUGUUUUCCAUGGGAAGCAGGAGGGAGCCGAUGACUUUGACACAGUUCUUCUAAAAGCACUGGUCAAAGCUAGUAAGCGUGUGUCCAGUAAGGCCAGUGAGUACAAAGAGGAGCUAAAACUGGCUGUGGCCUGGAAUCGAGUGGACAUCGCCAAAGCUGAACUCUUCAAUGGAGACAUACUAUGGAAGUACGGCGAGCUCAAGGACUCGAUGACGGACGCUCUGAUCAAUGAUAAGCCCCAGUUUGUGCGUCUCUUUUGUGAAAAUGGUCUCAACAUCCUGGAAUAUUUGACACAUGAGCGCUUGGAGAGUUUAUAUCGCUCACUGUCAGACAGCUUGCUGGUUUACAAUCUGCUCAAGAGGAUUUUGAGUGAAAGGCAGAGCCUGGCUGGAUCCCUGCCCUCUGUGGAUGGAGCUGCACCAGAUGUCUGGAUGAACACCAAUACUUCUCACACUCCUGCUGUCUCAGCAUCAGGUCUUAGCCUGUUUGAGGUCUCCCGUCUGCUGCAGGACCUUCUAGGUGAUGUCUGUGAGCCGUUCUACUACAGUGCUUUGGAACUGGACCCUAGAACUGGCACUAGAAAAUCACUAAAGCAAGUCAACAGGAUCCUGCAGGGGGAGUGUACCUACCGGAAGCAGGCCUGCCCCUCACCCUGGGAAGCUCUCUUCAUUUGGGCUGUUUUACAGAACCGCUCUGAAAUGGCCAUAUACUUCUGGGAGAUGUCAGGAGAAUCUGUGCUGAGCGCUCUUGGUGCCUGUAAGAUAUUGAGGGAGCUUUCCAAGCUGGAGAAUGAAACAGAGAGCAAGCUUGCCAUGAAAAAACUCGCACAGAGGUUCGAGAACCUGGCAAAUGAUGUAUUUGGUGAGUGUUACCAAAGCAGCGAGAGUCGCACCUUCACACUCCUUAUAAGGAAGUCUCCUGUGUGGGGCGGGGCAACAUGCCUACAGAUGGCUACUGCAGCAGAUGCCCGCCUUUUCUUCAGCCAUGAUGGUGUUCAGUCUCUGCUGUCUCAGAUCUGGUGGGGCGACUUGGAGAGGAGCACUGAUGUCUGGAAGCUGAUUCUUGCCUUCUUUGUACCUCCUUUAAUCUACACCAACCUGAUCGACUUCAGGGAACCAGAGGAGGAGAGUCCAGUGCAGAAUAACUCCAGGAGACCGUUUAUUGUGUCAAGGUGGAGACAGUUCUGGUACGCGCCUGUCACCUCCUUCCUGGGCAAUGUGCUGAUGUACUUCCUGUUCCUUUGCCUGUUCGCCUAUGUUCUGCUGGUGGACUUCAAGCCUCCGCCCCCAGAGGGCCCGUCUUCUCUGGAGUUUGUGCUCUACUUCUGGGUCUUCACAUUAGUAUGUGAAGAGAUCCGACAGACUUUUUUUGGAGGCAGUUUGUUUUUACUCCAAAGGAUGAAGAAAUACAUCCAGGAUAACUGGAACAAGUGUGACCUCACAGCUAUUCUUCUUUUUAUUUUGGCUCUACUGUGCAGAAUAUUUCCCUGGUCAUUUAAUUUUGGCCGUGCUGUGAUGGCCAUUGACUACAUGGUUUUUGCCCUGCGUCUAAUCCACAUCUUUGCCAUCCACAAACAGCUUGGACCCAAAAUCAUCAUUCUUGGAAAAAUGGUGAAAGAUGUUUUCUUCUUCCUCUUCUUCCUGGCCGUUUGGCUCAUGGCCUAUGGAGUCGCUCAUCAAGCACUCCUCUACGCCUACGACCCCCGCCCUAACUGGAUUUUCCGCAGAGUCUUCUACAGACCAUAUUUACACAUAUUUGGGCAAAUACCAAUUCAGGAAAUGGAUGGUAAGUUUUCUUUGAUUUCAUAGAUAUAUUUAUCAUGU